AUGCCUAAAGCAGGUGAGAGGACAGGUUCAACCACUUCGGCCGACUCGGGCACAUCUGACAGGUACAUUCAGACCCUUAAAAUCCUCAACUGUGCUUUACUUCUUAUUUUUCAAUGUUUUAGCAAAGCUGGAUCAACCACAAAUUCUCCGUCAGGUUCGGUUUCUGAAACACCAAAGAAAUCAAAGAAGUCCAAGAAAAAUGCAGAGAGCAUGACCAAGGUCUACAACUCGGUGCUCAACAGUGUUUUUGGAGCUGAGAGAGAACUGGCUCAGGCUGAACUAGAUGAGUUGCAAGAGGCCUUCAAAGAGUUUGACUAUGACCAGGAUGGCUACCUGAACUACAAGGAUGUAGCCGAAUGCAUGAGGACCAUGGGAUACAUGCCCACUGAAAUGGAGCUGCUGGAGAUAGUCCAACAGAUCAAGAUGAGAAUGGGCGGUUUAAUGGACUUUGAGGACUUUGUUGAACUAAUGGGACCCAGAUUGAUGGGGGAGACUGUUGACAUGCUGGGACUCAAGGAGCUCAAGUCAGCCUUCGUACAGUUUGACCUCGAUGGGGAUGGAAGCAUCAAUCAGGAGGAGUUGAAGGAGGCACUUAAGACUCUGCUGGGAGAGAAGCUGAAGAAGGGAGAACUGGAGGAGAUGCUAAAAGAGCUGGACAUCAACGCUGAUGGCAACAUUGACUUUGAAGAGUUUGUGAUGAUGCUCUCAAUUCACUGA